CCACCUAAGCUCGCAUCUUUAACUGCAGUUAACACGAGAGUCUUGUACGGGACUUUUCGGUAGAUCUUAGUGCACUAUUCACACGUAUAGUGUGAUAUUCGCUGGCACUCAAGUGUGCACACUGGUUCGCCGAUAACGGAUUGAAGAGUCGCCUGGGCUGGCUUCCGGAAUAAUCCAAAAAUCACUAUGAAGAUCCUCAUAUUGCUACUCAGUUUGACGAUGAUGGCGAGCGCACAAUUCAAUAGGUUUACGACUCCACAGCCGGCGCAAUAUAAUCCCCAAUAUUACGGUCGGCCUUACUACGCUAUACUGCGACAAUCGCAAGACUCAUCUCCGGAUGGAUCAUAUUCUUACAGUUACGAUACGGAAAACGGAAUCUCCGUAGCAGAGACGGGGCAGCCGAAGAAUAUCGGACCUAAUCAGAUUGAGGCGGUCAGAGGUCAAUACAGUUACACGGCACCGGACGGCACGCCGAUUUUGGUCACUUACACGGCUGAUGAGAACGGCUUCUUGCCGAGUGGUGCCCAUCUGCCAACACCUCCACCGAUACCGGUGGCGAUACAACGCGCUCUUGCGUAUAAUGCGGCUCAUCCUGAAGAAGAAGAGCCCUACAGAAGAUAUUAGAGCUCGCUAGGACUGCCCAAUUCGCUUCGAUAUAUCAAAUACGUGGAACUAUAAGUUGCUGUUUUGCGAUUUCCGCUUUUCAAUGACACAUUCCAUUGUUUUAUCUGUUUUUUGAUCAGUUAUUAGGUUCUUUCGAAGCAGAUGGUUUGACGGGGUAUUAAUUAUAGAAAUAACCACCACAGUAAAAAAGCGGCUAAAUUUUGUGUUCUCGUACGCCGAAAAUAUUUCGAAAGAUCAAGGAUCGCAUUCGUCGAAUAUUGUUCCGCGCGAUUGUUGUUCCGUAAUUAUUAUGAUGAUCAAUUUGAUUGAGAAGUAUUAAUGUCAAUAUUAUGCGAGAAAGACAAAGCACAAUUAGGCAACAUAAUGUAAGAUCGAUGAGUACGAGUGACAAAAGUACAAGAAAAUGAAAGAUAUGAAAUAUUACUUUUAACUAAUAAUAAUUUAAAAAAUGC